CUAAUAAUCCAUGACGAGCCUCUCCUGACCGAACCCCGUCAUCAACACACACACACACACACAAACAACGCUGGACGAGUGAGAAUGGCGAGCAGACGGGCCUCGGAGUCCUCGGCCUCGGCCGGUCUGGAGGCCUGGUUCCCCGCGCCCGGCGGCUGCGGCGAGGAUGCGCCGGAGCUGCGGCGGCUGCGGGAGCGUCUGCGCGGCUGGCUGUCGCAGUGUGAGCCCGCGGUGCUCUGCGCGCAGCGGCUGCUGGUGUGGGAGAGGCCGCUGCACAGCGUCGUCGCCGCGCUGGCGCUCAACACGCUGUUCUGGCUCCUGUCGUCCACGUCUUUGAGACCCUUGUUCCUCCUGAGCGUGUCUCUCAUCGGACUGACUUUACUGGAGAGAUGGAAAGACAAGCUGCCACAGAUCACAGCGUGGCAUCCCGAGACGGCUGUCAUUGAGCGAGAAGCUCUGAGCGAUCAGCCGCGUCUGUUAAGCGUGGAGGAGCUCAGCCAUCAUCUCGCCGAGAGUUACCUCACCUUCAGCCUUUACAUCCAAGAAAUGCUUCAGUACAAACGACAAAACCACGGCAAGUUCUGCAUCAUGAUGUGUUCGGGAUGUUUCCUCCUGGCCGUGGUUGGACAUUACAUUCCCGGGAUAAUGAUCUCCUACAUCAUACUGCUGAGUGUGCUGCUGUGGCCGCUGGUGGUUUACCACGAACUGAUCCAGAAAAUGUACACCGGACUGGAGCCCAUACUGAUGAAACUGGACUACAGCAUGAAAGGAGACACACAGCGCCGCAAAUAUGACAAGAGAAAGCUGAAGAAGGAGCAGGAAGAGGGUGAUGAGCCAAGGGCAGAGACCGAGAGCGAGAGCGAGGAGGAGCUGUCAUGUUUCGCCCCUACUGUGGAUGUGAAGACUACGGCUCUGGCGAUGGCCAUCACAGACUCGGAGCUGUCUGAUGAGGAGGCUUCUAUACUGGAGAGCGGAGGAUUCUCUGUGUCCAGAGCCACAACACCACAACUCACAGACGUCUCGGAAGCAGACCUGGAUCAGCAGAGCGUGCACAGCGAGCCGGAGGAGGCGUUCUCUAGAGACCUAGCAGAGUUCCCGUCGGUGGACGAGCUGCCUUCUAUUGAGCCGGGUCUGUUCCAUUUCCCGCUGGGCGUCCUCGGGUCAGAGCAGACGGGAGCGUCCGGACCCGGGCUCCAGGAGGAGGCGUUGUCUCCGGCCGGCCUCCUCAUCCAGCACUUAGCGUCUCCGCUCCACUUCGUCAACACGCACUUCAACGGACACGGACAGGCGGCAGUGGCGGACCAAAGCAUCGUGGGUACUGAAAAAGAGGGAGGGGGAUUGGCUGCGGGCGUUUCGAGACCCGCUCGGUCCCUGGAAGCCCUCAGCGAGGAGAUAGUGAGCACGGCCAUCUCUACUGUAGUACAGAACACUCUCUCAGCCCUGUUGCGGUCUAGCGAGGCCAGCGAGGGCUCGUCACUGGCUUCGUUUCUUCCCACCGAAACGCUUCCAUGCCUGAUGGAAUCGCCCCUCGAGUCGCCUUCAAUCCAGGAAGCCGGCGCCGAAGAAGAGGACGCGGACGUCACCGAAGCGAGCACCGAAGAGCAACCGGAUGUCACGCUCGUACCGGCCGAGGAAGAGGACUUUGAGCUUCUGGACCAAAGCGAACUGGAACAAAUGGAUGAGGGGUCGGGCUUCGGUGGUGAUGGACAGGAAGUGGGCGGGGCUUCCACAGACACACCCCCAAGCAGUCAGCAGCACGCAGACCAGCAGGAUUCCUAGCUUCACAUCAUCUAAACUGUUUAUUUUAUUUAUAGUCCUUGUAGAUACAAUAUACUGACACAAAUGAUUCGUGAAAGGGAAUGCUGCGGUCAGCUAUGCCUUUAUUUUGUGGUUUUCAGGAGUGAGAUCACUGUGAUUGGCGGUUAGCUUUCAUUUCCUUUUGAGCAGGUGAAUGUCCAAAACGUAAAACAUUCAACCGAAAUCCUUAAAGCGACAGUAAUGAGUUUUUUUUGUUUUGUUUUUUUGACAGAUCCAAAUGGCCUUCAGCCUCAAAUCCAGCCACUCAGAUUUCAAUAGGCUUAGUUUUAAUCAUUUACUGUAUGUAUAUUUUGACAAAGACUACAUGUCUGCGACACGUGCCCUCUGGUUUAUCAAUCCCGCGCUGACCGUUGUCACGAGGUUUAAUGCAUCAGGUCAAGGGAAGACGUUAGGUGGGCUGACUUUUGUUUGUUUGUAGGGCUGGGAGGUUUUAUGAGCAGGAUAUGGCUGCAGAUUCUCGGUCACGUUAAAGAUUUCCUUUCAUAAUCAUAGCUUAACUAAUAUAUUCCUAUGAAGCGGAUGGUUUCAUUUAUUCAAACUGGUUAGAGUGAAGAAAAGCUUACCAUUUAAAUACGUUUCGAAUAAAUAAUAAAAGCUGCAACAUUUAUAUUCCGGCAGACAGACGUUAAAGAAGUUUAGCACAUUGCAAAUCAAAUACUGAAAAUCAUUUUUGAGAGAUCAAUAUUGGAUUGUGCCAUUUACUGAUUUUUGAGGAUGUAAAAAGUACUUUUGUCGCACAAAGGUGAUUGUGAAUGCAGCGUAGCACAGAAGAGUUCCUCAUUGAUAGUGCUUGAUUCCAACCCCCCCCCAUAUUUAUGUAAAAAUUAGAAGUUUAACUCAUAUUCAGGCUCAAUAUAUUAUAAUUGGUUGCACUUUUGAAGUAUUGUUUGCGUGCACAUUCGCAGGACUUCUGGAUUUUCAUAAACAUGCCAAAAAUACUGCUGAUCAAGAGUUUGGGGUCAGUAAGAUUUAUUAUUGUUUAUUUUUUUAAUUUAUUUUUAUUUUUUUAAAAGGAAUGAAUACUUUUAAUGCAGAAAGAAUUGGAAUAAAAUUGAUUAAAAGUUUUAUCUUUCAAAUUAAUGCUGUCCUUUUGAACUUUUCUAGUCAAAAAGUUGACUAGAAGGUUUCCACAAAUUAUGAAGCGGCACAAAAAAAAGCAGUAAUUAUACAAAUUGUAAUGAUUUCUGAAGGAUCAUGUGACACUGUAGACUGGAGUAAUGAUGCAGAAAAUUCAGCUUUGCAUCACAGGAAGUAGAAGUAGAAAACAUCAAAUAAUUUGAUAGAAUAAGUACAGUUUGGGAGAGUAUAAAAAUCCUACAGACUCUGAACUCUUGAACGUCUCAUUGUAUAAAUCCCAUCAAGAGCUCACAGAUUGCCUAAAAUAUAAUUUACAUGAAAAGCUGUAUGACGUUUGGGUAGAUUUCCUGCAUGGGCUUGACUGAAUUAUCUUCCCUUGUUUAAUUAAAAUGAAGGGGAAACCUUAGUGAAUGAUUGAGCCUUAUUUGUAUCUUUGUGAGAUGCUCGCAAUAAGUCAUCGAGGUAUUUCUAGAAUUGAUCACAUGAACCUCUAACAGCAUAUUAAGAAUAUUAAUUUCUCUUCAUGUCAGUGUCAAAGGUCUCAGUGACUUCUGUGACACUGGAAAAAAAAUUGUAAGAUUGUAUAAUUCAAUAUAUAUAUAUAUAUAUAUAUAUAUAUAUAUAUAUAUAUAUAUAUAUAUAUAUAUAUAUAUAUAUUCCAAUUCUUAAUCAUACUAAAGGGAAAUAUCUUUUAAACUGGAAUUGUGUAUGAAAAAACCAUGUAUAUAUUUGACGUUUAACAGAUCUGUUGAUCGAUUGGAGGCAGGUUGACAUCCUUUAAAAUUCUAAAUUCUUACACUGUCCUAACCAGUCAUUUUAAUUCAAAUUUUGUUAGCCCCACCCACUGUAAAAUCUGAUUGGUCUAAAAUCCCGCGCCACGUGUAGUCCAGAACAUGUUCUGCGUUGCUGUGAUUGUAUUUUUAAUUUCAGUGUGGAAAAACCGCUUGUCGCAUCUCAGUUGUUUUUGUUAGGACUUUGCGUUUUGCCCUUUCUCCUGUAGAUAUAGCCACAGACUCAUCUGAUCCAGACCGCAGAGAUUUGUGUUUUCAGAUAUUUACAGAGAGGUUAUCUUUGUGUAAUAGUGAUUGUGUUUUGCUCAUGCUGUUACUGCUUUAUGAUCUAUAAAAAAAAAGCACUUAGAGCAUUUAACUACAAAAUGUAUUGUUGAAUGUUAUUUUGUUACUCUGACUUGCACCUCCAUGUAUCUCUAAUAUACACCCAUAAGCUGGUUUUCAACUUCAAA